GCACCCCUAGUCCCUCAACCUAACAAAAUUGAAAAUACGACAAAGGACGUUCCCAGCGCAAAGCCGCCUGAGCAGACACCUGUGAGGCCAGCCGUUAAGCUGGAUGAAAGGGAAAGUAAACCUGUUCUAAAAUCUGUUGUGCAAAAGAAACCAAUCGAAAGAAACUCAUUCCAAGAUCCUGAUUUAAUUAAGCAGUUUACUCAAGAAGUUGAAAAGUUGGAAAAGUUUGUUGACAUACUAUCCACAAAAACGCUGAGUGGGCCAACCUCGCUCGAACUGAAGUGGAAAGAAAUUCAGGAUAGGCAAGAUGCGGAGCAGCACCGGAAAAGCAUUUCGGUUGCUAGGUGUUACCCGAUGAAAAAUCGGUUUCCCGAUAUACUUCCCUAUGACCAAACUAGGGUGGUAUUGAUCGGCAGAAAAGAUGACUACAUUAACGCGUCUUACAUCAAGGACAUCAGUCCGAAUUCUCCUGAGUUUAUUGUCACGCAGUGCCCAUUAUCAUCCACAUUCCACGAUUUUUGGGUAAUGGUGUGCAACGAAAAUGCGGAAUUAAUUCUAU